AUGACAGAGGUUGCGGCCCUGGCUGUGCCGCAGCAGCUGUCCUUUGCACCUGACGCGAUGACCCCCCGACCACGGCAGAAUAGCCGCCUAAACCUCGACACCUCCCUCGUCAACAGCAACGGCUGCUUCGAGUUUGACCGCGUCAUCAAAUCCGGCUACGUCGAGAAGCGCACCAAGACAAAACAAUGGAGGCCCGUUUAUCUCGUCCUGCGCCCCGACUACCUGUCGAUAUACAAGAACGAAAAGGAGACCAAGCUGCGCUACCAAAUACAUCUCGCCGACCUCACCGCCGUCACCUUUCUCAAGGAUCCGAAGCAAAAGCGCCACAACGUUUUUGGCCUCUUCUCGCCGUCAAAAAACUUUCACCUGCAGGCGCGCUCGGCGCAGGACGCACGCGAGUGGGUGGAUCUGAUUCGCAGCGACGCCCGCCUCGAGGAAGCCGAGGAGGAGAUGCUACUCGCUAGCCCUUCCGCCCGUGGCCUCUCCCCGGCCGCCGCGCAGCUCAAUGGCAUGACCAACAUUGACGAGCAGCUGCACAGCCUGCUGCCCGAGCGCCUCCUCUCGAGCUCCCCCGAGACGCUGAACCCGCCCGCACCGGGCUUCCUGGGCCACCGCGACGCCUCCCUCGUCGACUCGUCGGGUGGCGAGAUCGCCUCGGGUCACUCGGAUCUCUCUGACACGGACUUUCAGCGCAUCCGCGGCGGCUCCAUGGAGAGCCAGCUGUUCCCCGGUCACAUCGAGGUCGGCUCGCUGCCGUACGCCGGCCUGCCCUACCGCCCGACGGCCCAACGCUCUGCCAGUCAGGUCAGUAUCGCCAACCAAGAGCAGGAGCUGGACCGCGUUGUCUGGCAGGGCUGGCUCUGGCAGCUCAAGAGUAAAGGCGGCGUCCGGCAGUGGAAGGACGUCUGGGCCGUGCUGCGCCGCCGCAACCUCAUCCUGUACAAGGACGAAUCCGAGUACCUCGCCCAGUGGAUCGUCCAGCUCUCCGUCGUUGUCGACGUUGUCGACAUUGAUCCUAUCAACAAGAGCAAGGAAAACUGCCUGCAAAUCAUUACUGAGGAGAAGAGCUUCAAAUUUUGCGCGCGCGACGAAGAGGCCCUCGUGCAGUUCAUCGGCGCUUUCAAGAGCCUGAUUGCGAAGCGCAAAGCACUCGAGUCGAGACUGGCGGCGUCGUAUUCCUAA